CCGUUUUGGGGCUGCAGACCGCGGAGGCCGGGACGUCCCUGCCCAGGAGCCCGGCGCCUAACAUGGUGGCCCGCGCUCCGGCCGGGCAGGGUCCUGGAUGGCCUAGGAACCGGACUGUUCGUGGCAAGGGACUUGAGGACAGUCCUUGCCCUGUCUGCCGCUUUUGCUUUGAAAGGGCGCUUAACACUGGGGUCCGUUUUACUGGUCCAGCGGUGAGAGCUGCUGAAGACACGCUCCGGCUCGGAAGAACCCCACCUGCUCAGACUGUCUGAAGCCUGGGGUGGGGGAUCUGGGGUUUGUUGCACUGUGGCCAAGGCAAUACUCACGCCUUCUCCUCGUGCUAACUUAGCAGAUUUUACUGGAAAGAUGAAACCCGAUGAAACGCCUAUGUUUGACCCAAGUCUGCUUGAAGAAGUGGACUGGAGUCAGAAUACAGCCACAUUUUCUCCAGCCAUCUCUCCAAAGAAUCCUGGAGAAGGCUUGGUUUUGAGGCCUCUUUGUACUGCAGACUUGAAUAAAGGUUUUUUUAAGGUACUGGGUCAGCUGACUGAGACUGGCGUCGUCAGCCCUGAGCAGUUCAUGAAAUCUUUUGAGCAUAUGAAGAAGUCUGGGGAUUACUAUGUUACAGUUGUGGAAGAUGUGACCCUAGGACAAAUUGUUGCUACGGCAACUCUGAUAAUAGAACAUAAAUUUAUCCAUUCAUGUGCUAAGAGAGGGAGAGUAGAAGACGUCGUUGUUAGUGAUGCGUGCAGAGGGAAGCAGCUCGGCAAACUGUUAUUAUCAACUCUGACUUUGCUAAGCAAGAAGCUGAACUGUUACAAGAUCACCCUUGAAUGUCUACCACAAAACGUUGGCUUCUACCAAAAGUUUGGCUAUACAGUGUCUGAAGAGAAUUACAUGUGUCGGAGGUACCUAAAGUAAAGAACACCAUCAAGAUAAUGCUCUGGGGCUUUCCUGUUCAGCUGCAGCCCAGUGAGCGCCAUUCCUUCUAGACUGGAAGCAACUGUAGUAGUGACACAAGAGCAUGCCUGUGGCUGCUGCGGCUGCUCUGCUUCACAAGAAUACAGAUGAUCAUAAAGGGGAUGAUUUUUAACCAAAGGAAUAUAUUUUCUACUUGAAUCUUUUCUUUCAUUGUAUUUUUCUAAAGUUUGUCUUCAUUUCUGAAGUAGUCAAGAGGAAGGGUGGUAAAGAGUUGUAUCUGCUCUGUGCUGCUCAUUUCUAAAUGUGUGUAUAUAUACUGAAUAAGGCUUUUAUCACAUGAAAUUAUCUUUGCCUCAUAUACCUAAAUAGACUUAAGGGUGUGUCAUUUCUCACAUUGUAGGGAGCUGGACACAUCUAUUGU